CGUUAGUUUAUGAGCUUGAGACAGGACCAAUUGGUUGUUGGAAGUGAGUGAUGAUGGAAGGAAAGGAUUAUAAUAACAAUUUCAAAACUAAAGGCAAAGGCAAAAGUGUAUGUGUUACGGGAGCUGCUGGUUAUCUGGCUUCUUGGCUUGUAAACAGACUUCUCCUGUCUGGCUAUCGUGUAAUUGGGACUGUCAGAGACCCUGGAGAGGAGAAGAAAGUAGGACACCUAUGGAAACUUGAAGGAGCAAAAGAAAGGCUUAAACUGGUGAAGGCUGAUCUGAGUGAAGAAGGUAGCUUCGAUGAUGCUAUCAAUGGAUGUGAGGGUGUCUUUCACACUGCUUCGCCCGUUCUUGCAACACCCAAUGAAGAAAUGGUAAAAGCGGCGGUUGAGGGGACGUUGAAUGUGCUGAGGUCGUGUAAGAAGAAUGCAUGGUUGAGGCGUGUGGUUGUGACCUCAUCUUCUUCAGCAGUUAGGGUCAGAGAUGAUUUCGACCCUAAAGUGCCCUUGGACGAAUCAUCUUGGUCAUCUCUCCACCUUUGCCGCACACUUCAGCUUUGGUAUCCUCUGUCUAAAACUAUGGCGGAAAGAGCUGCAUGGGAAUUCUGCAAAGAAAACAAUAUCCAUCUAGUGACUGUGUUGCCAACCUUCAUCAUUGGCCCAAGCCUGCCUCCUCAGUUAUGCUCAACGGCAACAGAUUUUCUUGGCUUGCUCAAGGGGGAGACUGAGAAGUUUCAACUGCAUGGAAGGAUGGGGUAUGUGUACAUAGACGAUGUUGCUGCCUCUCACAUUCUUGUUUAUGAGCAUGAGAGUGCUCAAGGGAGGUACCUCUGCAACUCUAAUGUCAUCGAACUCCCCGAGCUUGCUUCGAUUCUAUCAACGCUUUACCCGACUCUCCCCAUUUCUAAGAGGUUUGUGAAGCAUAACGAUAGGCCAUACUAUGAAUUUGACACCUCAAAGUUGAAGAGUUUGGGGAUGAAGUUCAAGUCAGUUGAGAAGAUGUUUGAUGAGACUGUCAAGUCCUUGAUAGAGCAAGGCCAUCUUUCAACAUAGCAGCUCCCUAGCUAUACAUGAACCGUGAUCAUGCACUUCCAUUUCAUUCUUCUAAUAAUGGCAAUUCAAGUUAUACUACUUAUAGAGAGAACACCAUUCUAUGACUUCUUUUGAGGUUGCAAAUAUUCUGUAUUGAGCAAUAAGUGUAGAAGCUCCUUUAAUAGCUAUGUUUACAUAAAAUUCUCAAAGGCUAUUGUAAUAGAAUGACUUCGGGGAACUAUUAAUUUAAAAAUAAAUAAAUCCAUAAUACAAUGGGGUUUCAAUGUUCACAAUGAGCACAAGAGAAAUGGUUAUGAACACGCUUCA